AUGGACGUCCAGCAGCUGAUUGGUCAUCCUGAAGAACUUCCGUCUCAGCUGCAGGCGGGUAGCUCUACUUUGAAGCAGGAAGAUUCACAACCACCCUGCAUUAAAAAGGAAGAGGAGGAACUCUGGAUCACUCAGGAGGGAGAGUGUCUUCUGGGGCCGGAGAAAGCUGAUCUCCCCAAGUUGCCACUGACUGUUCUCUCUACGAAGACUGAAGAAGAUGAAGAGAAACCACAAGUAGACAACAUCUUAGCUCCACUGUCAGAUAGUGAAGUUGAAGACGAGGUUGAAGUAACUUUGAGCAGCGAUACAGACUGUGAAGGUGAUAUGAGGACUCACACUGACAACAAACACUCUGAAUGCUCUGAAAAGAAGAAAUGUAAAACAACUUUGAGCUCUUUAGGAGAAAAAACGUUCAAAUCUUCAGUUUGUUGCACAAGCUUUUCUUACAAUGGCUGUUUGACUCAACAUGAGAGAACAACAUUAGGGGAAAAAACAUUUAUUUGUUCAGUUUGUGGUAAAAGCUUUCCACACCAGACCAGUUUGACUCAACACAUAAGAAUGCACACAGGAGAAAGACCAUUUGAAUGUUCAGUUUGUGGUAAAAACUUUUCUCACAAGACUAAUUUGAAUAAUCACAUGAGAACACACACAGGCGAAAAAAUAUUUGAUUGUUCUGUUUGCGGUAAAAGCUUUUCUCAAAAUAGCUCUUUGACACGACACAUGACGACACACACUGGAGAAAAAACAUUUCAUUGUUCAGUUUGUGGUAAAAGCUUUUCCUACAAGACCAGUUUGACUCAACAUAUAAGAACACACACAGGAGAAAGACCAUUUUAUUGUUCAGUUUGUGGUAAAAACUUUUCUCACAAGACCAGUUUGAAUAAUCACAUGAGAACGCACACAGGCGAAAGACCGUGUAAUUGUUUGGUUUGUGGUAAAAGCUUUUCUCAAAAUAGCUCUUUGAUGCGACACAUGACAACACACACUGGAGAAAAAACAUUUAGUUGUUCAGUUUGUGGCAAAAGCUUUUCUUAUAAGGGCGGUUUGACUGACCACAUGAGAACACACACAGGAGAAAAACCAUGCACGUGUUCAGUGUGCUGUAAAAGUUUUUCUCAUAGGAGCACUUUGGCUCAACACAUGAAAACACACACAGGAGAAAAAACAUUUCAUUGUUCAGUUUGUGGUCAAUGGUUUUCUCAAAAAGGCAGUCUAGGUGACCACAUGAGAACACACACUGGAGAGAGACCGUUUAGUUGCUCAGUUUGUUGGAAAAGCUUUUCUAACAAACAGUGUUUGACUAGACACAAAUUUAAACACACGGGAGAAAAACCAUUGAGUUGUUCAGCUUGUGGCAAAAGCUAUACUCAAAGGAGACAUUUGUGUCGCCACACAAGGACUCACAGUAGAGAAAACAUCUAGUUGUUCUGUCCUCAAAGUAACAUCAUGUCCAAUCUCCUGAGAACACAUUUAAUUGCCUUGUAGGUUGUAUCCACUUGACCUUACACCCAGCUCAUUAUUAAAUAUGUGGGCGACAUUUUGCCUUUUUCAUAGAAAAACGCCCUAUGAUUGUGUUGUUUCAGGCUGGUCGAACUAUUCAAAUAGCAAAAAGGAUACAAUUAUCUUUAGAGUUCCCCGAGAGGAAAUAAAGAAGGGCGAAAGAUGGCAAGAUUUUACGAAACGACGACAAGAAACGCGCAAUUUUGCAGUUAACGGUUGGUUUGAUAUACUUGAACAGUUUAGUAUGUCCCAUUUAAAUAUUGUCAUGAUUUUGGUUGAUUUUUAACUUGUUUCGGAGCUAUCAUAACGCACUUGUUUGUAAACCACCAACUUGACAAGUCCAAAUAAAAGAAAGCAAAUGUGAGCAAAACAUAAAAGAGUUAAGUUCUUACUAAAUGUAGCAAUCAUAAAUGAGGAUUGCAGCACGUAAACAAUGUUGACAUAUAUAGUUAGAUUUUUAUUAAAGACAGGAAAACCAUGCGUACUCGUGACAACAUUAACAAGGCAUUGUGGCCGAAAACCUCUUUCACAACCAGCCAGGUGUAUUCUCCUAAUGAGUGGUUAACAUAAUGGGAAAAUGAAAAACUUUGAGUUAAUGCUAUCGAGUGCUACUUUCAGUUUGUUUACAAGGGCGCGUCCUCGCCAGACACAAAGUAAAAUCAUGAAAUGCAAACUUACCCGAGCAAAAACGGUGCAUAGUUAUCCCAGAGAGUCUUGAUACCACUGUCCUUGACCCAGCCACACACAAAGAAGUUGUAGACCUCCAUGCUUUUCCACGUUUUCAUCUGUUUUGUCGUGUAGAAUGGGGUCCGGAGCACCAGAUAGUUCGACAUGUCUGGGAACACGACCGACAGAUAAUCCCUGAUAUCACUCGACAAAUCGUAUUUUGUAUGGGGAUAGAUUUCAUUGCAUACUUUGAUUUAUUUUGCUCGUAUCUGCUUUUAACGGUAAGAUCUAGGCCCCUUGCGUACUCCGAUAGUUUGCCACUGUUUGCUGCACAGCAGCCAUGUUGCUAUUGUUGUUGAUGGAGGUCAUGUGCUCUGCGAAAUCAAUGCGCAGAGGAAAUAAAUUGCUGAUACAAAUAACUUAAAUUGACCAAAAUAUUGUAAUUAUUACAUGAUAUUAUAUACAAUAAUUGUAUAUAUAAUAUUGUUAGUAGAUUUAGAUUAUUUUAGAAGGCUUUAUUGGUGGAAUAGGUGACUUCCUAUAACCUGCCUUGUUGGCGCCUCAUGCUAGCAGUUUUUGACUAUUAGGAACACACAGAAAAUGGAAAGACAUGUGCGCUUCUCUCACAUCAUGUGCAGUUUUCCUUUAACAUGAAGGAAGAGUUUAAAUUUAAUAAUUGGACAUAUUCCAAUGGUUUGUGUCAAUUUAGCCAAAAAGAUAAAACAAGAUCUUAAAUGUUAUUAGAUUUUAAACAUAACAAGAGAAGGAGGGGCUGUGUACGUAUUAUACAAAUAUUGUGGUAUUAAGGUUUGCAAAGGUAUAUAAUGUAAAUAUUUAGAUAGUAUAAAUAAUGUUUUUUUUGUUU